CCGUGUACAAGUUAUUUUCACUCGCAACUUUCCUAAAGCUUUUUCUUUGGUCAGCAGUCAUUUGUAAAGUAUAGAUGUAAACUCGGAUGUGGAAGAGAAGUAUUUGAGGUGGAUCAUUUACGCCAGGAAAUGGUACACACAACGGUCAUUUAAAUUGCCACACAUUUUCCACCUUGUGAGUGUAUUGGAGUGAAAACCAUCGAUAACCAGACAAGUCAAGUUUUUCACUGGUAAAAAUGGCUUCAAAUCUUGAAAAGGAGCUCUGCUGUCCUGUGUGCUGUGACAUCUUCAAGGAUCCUGUCUUUUUGACCUGCGCUCACAGUGUGUGUAAAGCCUGUCUGGAACGGUUCUGGGAGAGCAAAGGAUCAAGAGAAUGUCCAUACUGCAGGAGGAAGUGCUCAAAACAAGGGUAUCCUCCUAACAUGGCGCUACGGAACUUGUGUGAGAUCUUUUUACAGGAGCGCAGUCAGAGAGCUUCAGCAGGGUCUGAGGUGCUCUGCAGUCUGCACGGUGAGAAACUCAAGCUCUUCUGUCUGGAGGAUAAACAGCCUGUGUGUGUGGUGUGUCAAGACUCAAAAAAACACACCAAUCACAAGUUCCAACCUGUAGAUGAAGCAACAUCGGACUUCAAAGAUCAGCUGAGGAAUAAACUAGAGCCCCUGCAGAAGAAGCUGAAGGUCUUUGAAGAAGCAAAACUCUCCUGUGAUGAAACAACCGAACACAUUAAGAUUCAGGCCCAGUGUACAGAGAAGCAGAUCAAGGAGGAGUUUGAGAGGCUUCACCAGUUUCUACAAGAUGAAGAGGCAGCCAGGAUAGCUGCACUGAAGGAGGAAGAGGAGCGGAAGAGUCAGAUGAUGAAGGAGAAGAUUGAGAAGAUGAACAGAGAGAUCUCAUCUCUUUCAGACACAAUCAGAGCCAUAGAAGAGCAGAUGGGAGCUGAUGACAUCACAUUCCUGCAGAACUACGAGAGCACUGUGGAAAGAGCCCAGUGCACACUGCAGGAUCCAGAGAGGGUUUCAGGACCUCUGAUCAAUGUGGAGAAACACCUGGACAACCUGAAGUUCAGAGUCUGGGAGAAGAUGAAAACGCCUAUUUUGCGCACUCCUGUGACUCUGGAUCCCAACACUGCACACCCAUAUCUUGUGAUAUCUGAAGACAUGACCAGUGUGAAAUAUCUUCCACAUAAUCCCAACAGGUUUGAUCAAUAUUACAGUGUGCUGGGCUCUCAGGGCUUCGACUCAGGGACUCACUGCUGGAAUGUGAAGGUUGGAGACAACCCAUUUUGGGCCUUGGGUAUGAUGACAGAGUCCCUCUUGAAGAGAGGAGAUUUUAGCUCCUUGAGUGGACACUGGUAUGUGUAUUAUAAAAAUGGUGAAUAUAAAACACAUACCAUCCCACAUUCCCCCACUCUCCUCACGAUAGAGCAGAAAGUCCAGCGGGUCAGAGUGAAGCUGGACUGGGACAAAGGAGAGCUGUCAUUCUCUGAUCUUGACCUCAACAGUCAUAUACACACUAUCACACAUCCUUUCAGAGAGAGAGUGUUUCCCUACUUUUUUCCUGGCACCUCUUCGUUGAGGAUCUUACCAGCAGAACAGCACUGAUGGUGUGUCUGACUGGACUCUCAUAAGGCCGGGAGGUGAGAUGAAAAAGGUGGAGGCCUUAUGGAAAUUAACCACGGUUUUAUCAUGUUUUUUUAUGGGUAACCAUGAUAACCACGCUUGAUCACUAUAGUUGAUAAACAAGCAUCAUGACCUGUGUGAUGACUGAACUCAUAACCUUCAGAUUAUAAGACUGACUAGGCUAACAAGGCUCAGCUGAAAGUUGAUUCGACUCAACAUUUUUGUCAUUGUGCAGAGUACAAGUACAGAAAUGCAAAAAAGCAGAAAAGUACAAUGUCAUGUACACCGUAUAGACAGGUAGUGCAGUAUUGACAGUAGUAGAGAAUGGUAUGGCGUACUAGCCUGACCUGCCAGACCCACGCCAAGAUGUAGGGUCUGGGAACUCAUCGUAGGCAAAACGAAUCAUCUUCUUGUUUUCAAGUAGCAGGAUGCUUAACGGUCACAACUUCUGGUUGCAUGUCCAUCACCAUUAUGUUAAGCCCGCCCACCGACUCUAUAGUCCUUUACCCUUCCUUUACAAUCUCCGAGCUCAGCCUGGUAGGUAUUUG